AUGGGAAGAGGGUCUUCGUUUGCAAUCGACGAAGAGAUGCUCGCUCUCGUCGUCCCUUGCUCGCCGCCUUCACUGUCGUCGUCAGAAUCCGGCUCGCCGCCUUCAUUGUCAUCGUCGGAAUCCGGAAUCCGAAUCGCUGCAAUCGACAAGCUUCUUCUACUCGUCGUCACCCAUUGCUCGUUGUCUUCCCUCGUCGUCACCCACUGCUCGCCGUCUUCACUGUCGUCGUCUUCACUGCUCGCUAGCUGUGUGGAGAGGAUCGAAGUAAGAAUGGUUUCGGCGGUGAGAAGAGGUGAGAAGAAUGGUUUCGGCCGUGAGAAGAGGUGA